CAACUGUAUCACAACAACUCAACCCUCGAUCCAGCUUUACUUCGAACGAUACAUAACAUGGCAGACGAUUCAGUUACAAGGCUUAAUUCAUACGUUGGAUUUGAUUCCAUCACUCGUCAAAUCGAACACAAGUUACUGAAACGUGGCUUUCAAUUCAAUGUGAUGGUCGUCGGUCAGACUGGACUUGGAAAAUCAACCCUGAUUAACACUAUCUUUGCUAGUCAUUUGAUCGACUCCAAGGGCCGAAUGGACACUGAAGAGGUCAUUCGACAAACUACAGAGAUCCAGGCCGUCAGCCAUAUUGUGGUGGAAAACAACGUGAAGCUACGCUUGAACAUUGUCGAUACACCUGGCUAUGGUGAUCUUGUAAACAACGACGGAUGCUGGGAGCCGAUCAUCAAGUAUAUUAAAGACCAACAUUCAGCUUACCUACGAAAAGAACUCACUGCUAUGCGAGACCGUUACAUUCAAGACACUCGUAUUCAUUGUUGUCUCUACUUCAUUUCACCGACUGGUCAUACUCUCAAGCCUAUCGACAUCAUUGUGAUGAAAAAAUUAAGCGAGGUGGUUAACGUCGUCCCAGUCAUUGCAAAGUCUGAUAGUUUGACAUUAGAAGAACGGGAAGCAUUCAAAGUCAGAAUACGCGAUGAACUUCAUUACCACAAUAUCCGAUUGUACCCAUUCGACAGCGAUGAUCACGAUACGGAAGAAAUGCAACUGAACGAAGCAAUUCGAAACAUGAUUCCAUUUGCUGUUGUUGGUUCAGAAAGAAAUGUGAUGGUUGACGGAAAACCAGUGAGAGGUCGAAAGAAUCGGUGGGGAGUGAUCAAUGUUGAAAAUGAGCAACACUGCGAGUUCAACUAUUUGAGGAAUUUCCUGACACGAACUCACUUGCAAGAUUUGAUUGAGACCACUGCUCAAAUUCAUUACGAAGCCUUUCGAAGCAAACAACUCUUGGCCCUCAAAGAAUCAAGCGCAAGUAAAGCACAACAGAAUGGGGCAUGAAAACCUAAGCACAUUAGUCAUUCCUUUUUUUUCGGUUGGUCUUUGAGCCUUUAGUAGUUUUAGUCCACCAAUCAAUAACGUCGUCAAUUUGUUUGAUGAGCAUCGUGCUUAUAUCCUAUCUUCUCGAUUUCUUUUAUUGUUUCUUCCGUUUUUGAUUUCUUUAUUUUAUCACAUCUUCUCUUUUUUUUGGUUUUUUGACCUUUUUUUAAGGUAUACUGUUUUUUCAAGUAUUAGUUUGUCAUGGAGCAUUACUAAUUCAUUUUGAAAAGUAGUUUUUCCUUUUUUCCUGAUUGAUUGAUUUGAUAAAAGAGCUAUGUUUAGUCUUUGUAGUAGUCAGAGGGGAUGAUUCUUUUUCUUUACUCUUACUACUACAUACUACAAACAAAACUUGAAGUUUAGAUGAAGACCACAACUUGUGGUGAUUUUGAUUUAUGUGAACAAUCACCUUAAUUUUUAUUGUGCCUUUUAUCAUUGAAUGCAACUGAUUUGUUUUGUGGGAACUU